UGGAUGAAAAAGGCUGUUACCAGAACAAAGAAGGUGGGAUUGAUCAGAUGACUGGAGACUUCCUGAUCUAUACCACCCAUCUGACCCACAUCCCAAACUAUCCUGGGUCUGUCAUUGUGAGAACCAAUGGAGCUGUCAUUCCCAUUGUGUGUCGUUAUUUGAGGACGGGCAAUGUGAGCAGUGACCCCAUCAAGCCCACCUGGAUCCCAUUCAGCUCCACCAGGUCUGGAGAAGGGCAUCUGUCAUUCUCCCUGCGUCUAAUGAAUGGUGACUGGCUUACAGAGCGCACUUCCACUGUCUACUCCCUGGGAGACCUCAUUCACAUUGAGGCAUCUGUUUCAAUGGACAACCACAUGCCCCUGAAGCUGUACAUUGACCGCUGUGUAGCUACACUGAGCCCAGGCAAGGACUCCAGCCCCAGAUACAGCAUCAUUGACUACAAUGGUUGCCUCGUGGACAGCAAAGCUGAGGACUCCUUUUCAACCUUUGUGUUGCUGAGAGACCAGCGGGAGCCGGACAAGCUCAGGUUUGACCUGGAUGCCUUCCGCUUCUAUGGAGAUGAACAAUCCUUGAUGUUCAUCACCUGUCACCUGAAAGUUGUUGCGGUGGAUCAGGGAGAUUCCAGGAACAAAGCUUGUACUUUCCAGAAGCUGCACAAGAUCUGGAGCCCACUGGAGGAAUCAACCAGUGACAUUUGUGCCUGUUGCCAUGUGGGGAACUGUGGUAGCACAAGGGAGAUCAUCUUCUCCUCCAGAGGAAGGAGAGACCUUGGACCUGAAGCUGAGAGUGAAGGUGGAUUGAAGUGGGAGGGUGAGGCCUCGCUUGGCCCCCUGCUCAUUCUGGAUCCUGAGCUGACCAGCCUGGCAACUGAGCCCCUGACUGAGGAUGAGCAAAGGAUGCAGGAGAUGUCUCCAGGCGGUGUGCAGUCUGAGCUGGUUGUGAUGCUGUCCCUGACAGUGACAGCUGUCUCCCUGAUCUCUGCUUCGUUGAUGGCCUUGUUCCUCUACAGGAAGCACCAGCAAACUCUACUCAACUAUUGA